AGUUAGUUUUAACUGCUCGUUCAGCCUGAGCGUGCAUUGCCCGUCGCGUGCAAACAUCGCGUGGUUGUAGUGAAUUGGAUAUAACAACAUCAACAUGGCGUCCGCAGCAACAUUGAUCCAACCGGAAGGUGAGAUGUGGAAGAAGAUCCGCGUGGAGUUGAACGAAGACAUUAACACCAGAGACCGUGAUCUCGAAGCAAUUAAGGAGUGGCUCCGAAAACAACCACAUCUGCCUGACGAAUGGGAUGAUAGUCGUUUGAUGACAUUCCUCCGAGGCUGCAGCUUCUCGUUGGAGAAGUGCAAGCGGAAACUAGAUAUGUACUUCACAAUGCGAGCCGCGUGCCCGGAGUUCUUCACAAACAGGGACAUAGACAGCCCAGAACUCGCAUCGAUAGCAACCAAAGCACAAGGUGCUCCAUUACCGGGUCUGACUCCAAAUGGACGUCGAGUAACGAUAUGUCGUGGUCUCGAUAAGAACGUUGAUCCUGAACAACUCAACAAUAUUUUCAAAAUAGCAUUAAUGAUUGGUGAUGUUAGACUAAAGGAAGAACUGGAGGGAGUGGCGGGAGAUAUCUAUAUCUUAGAUGCGUCUGUGGUCACACCGACUCACCUAGCUAAAAUAUCACCAACAUCUAUCAAGAAAUUUUUAAUUUGCGUACAGGAAGCAUAUCCCAUCAAGUUAAAAGAAGUUCACGUCUUAAACACAUCCCCUGUGAUCGAAGCUUUGAUAAAUUUCAUCAAACCUUUCCUAAAGGAUAAAAUUAAGAACAGGAUAUUCGUCCACUCCGAUGUAAGUACGCUACAUGAACACGUACCCAAAGAUAUGCUACCAGCAGAAUACGGCGGUAACGGUUGUUCCCUUGAUGAAGUAAAUGAUGGAUGGACGAAGAAGUUAGAGGACUACAACGCAUGGUUCAAGGAACAGGAAUCUGUAAAAGCUAACGAAGCGCUAAGACCUGGAAAACCAACCAAUUACGAUGAGUUAUUUGGUAUUGACGGAUCGUUUAGACAGCUGUCAAUUGACUAAUACGAAAUAUUAAUUAAAUUUACUAAGUACGUAUGGUUAUAUUAUAUUUUAGUAAUGUAUAGUAUGUCUGAAUAUCAAUUAGUGUUAUUUUGAGGUUUGACAGGACAGAACUUUUAAUAAAGUUUCAAUAAUGUGAUUUUUUCUUUAAUUCUUUUAAUAAAAUGAAAGUUUCUGAAAAAUUACCCAAAACUAAUAAUAAUUUUCACAUGUUCAUUGUUAAGUUUAUGUUGUAUUAAAAACUAUUACAUAAACAUUGUUACUUUAUAUAAUAAAAAUUAGAAUGUUUAUGGAUAUUUAGAUGGUUUGUGUUAUAUAAUAUAAAUGGUAUUGAUUCUUUUUUUUAAUUUUGUGUUUUUUUUUCUUAAUUAGAUAUAUUAUAAAUAUAUUUAAGUUUUAGUUUUUAAGACAAGGCUCAAUAUAGGUAUUGUAUUAUGUUGUGGUGUAUACCAAAACGUAUUAACGUUUUGAUAAAUAAGUAAUGUAAAUAAA